UGGCUCAACGGCUACAUCGUCGAAUGAAGGUUCACACAAAAGCAACAGCGGGGCCGACGAGUGCGUACAAAAUGCACUGACUGCCCACGUCGAGGCGAUGGAGAAGAUCACGUCUUUGAACCGAGGGGGCUCACAGUCAUCUGAAAGUGACGUCGCCGCAGUGGCGCCAGAUAAUCCCGCGAAACCAGCCGCUGUAGUUCCGGGUGACGCAAGGAAGCCAAGCCUAGCUACCGCAGAACGGGUUGCAGAAAAUCCGCUGCAGGCGACUGGCGAAGAUGGAAUGAAGACUGCCAACGCGGGCGCCGCCAAGCCUGCCACCAACAAGCAGAGUCGUACCGUCCCGGGAUUGCCUGUGCGCUCGAUGGUCCUCGUCGGGAUCCUUGUGGUCGUCAUCGUUGCUGCCUUUGUCUACGCAAUUAUAUUCCGUGCUGGCAGAGUGCUGCCUCGAAAAGCGAAGAGAUCGGCAAUCUUGGCGAAUGACACCCAAUAGUGUUUUGAUCUAAAUCGCUGCAGCCGCUGACUCAGUGUCUCGCCAUUGAGCAGCAUACCAAGUUGGAUGUCUGUGACCAUUUCUGUCGUGA